UUAAUCUGGAAGAAGUAAUGUAUAGCACACGCGCGAAAAAAACUUGCCAUCAAAACUAGAGCAUUGAUAAAAAGUACGAGACGGUUGUUUACAAUAAUGUCUCAUUUCCUCAUUAGCAAACACGUGGAGGCACCAACGGUAACUAAUUACUGUAAAAUGAUAUGUAAUUACCACUCGUAGAAAAAUCCUCAUACAAUCUAGCGGACAUAUAAUACCUAGACCAAACAAAACCUCAUUACUCCCGGAACGCUAUUUAAUGUUUUAUAUAAUUAGUUCACAACAGGAUUUUAUACCAGAUGGAAUGAAGUCAAAUGUCAGAAAUUAAAGAAUCUUAUUUUCUGGAAAUCUCCGGUGCGUAUAAUUUGUUAAUGUUGAAAUGCUCGAGAAAGUUGUCUGUCGUGAAUAAUUGUGAAGUGAAUUGGACAUACGAAGCCAAUCACUUUUAGCAUUUGACGUUGUCCUCAAGACAAGAACCUAUUUACAUUUUUCCGUCAGACUGAUCUUGUAAGGGAUUAAGGCGGGAAUGCCAAUUUCAGAUGUGUUUACAGAUUGAAUAAAUUGCCUACUCCUUUUGGAAUAACUGGAAUUUCAUUCCGAAUGUGAUAUUCAAAUUGUGUGUGCAAAAAAACCCAUCUAACUUGGAACAUUCAGAGAUAUUUGAAAAUUAAAAAAAAAUACAACAAGGACUUAAAAAAGUUUCAUAAGCUGAGAAAUCUUAUUAAACUUUGAUUAAUAUAGAAUCUCAAGUAUCCUUUUGCAAUGGAGCAUAAAAAAACAAUGCAUUGCAACAUUUUUAUUUUUGAUCUCAAUAAUGAAUGUGUAUUGUGUUGAGCAGCAAGUUCAGUCUUGCAAGGCAACAACGCCGGAUGUUUUAGGUCCUUAUUAUUUUCCGCGACCACCUCACAGACGACAGAUAUGUGAUAGAGACCCAGCAUUCAAAAACGAACGCCAUCUUUUAGUUGAAGGGCGAAUACUAGACGAAUCAUGUCAACCAAUUAGCGGUACACGAAUUGAGGUUUGGCAAGCCGACCAUGAUGGGCACUACUUAUUCAAGGAGAAUUGUAGAGGAUAUUUUUACGCAGAGAAAGGUGGUCACUACGCCUUUUUAACGCUUCAUCCUGGUACCUACUCAACUGAUCCCAAAAAGGAACUUUUUCGACCCGCGCAUAUUCAUUUUCGUGUUCAGAAGCCCGGAUAUAACAUUUUGGUAACGCAGAUGUAUUUUGCAGGUGAUCCAAAUUUAGGACGAAAUGAUUCUUGUACUGAAUGCUCGUCUGACAGGUCAGAUCUAAUCGUUGAGCCUAGGCAAAUGUGUGCCGACAAGACAGGCCAAUUUUGUUUCAGAAUCGCACAUUUUGAUAUCGUGCUAAAGCGUGGCAAUGAAGUGUCGGUUGUUCCGGAUGUUGAUGAUUCUGAACCCGAGCUGGACGACAUUGUAGAAACUGGGAAGUAAAAAUACAAUGAUAUAUUUAUCAAUGUUGAAUGGUGUUAUAUCGUAAUAUAAUGAAUAAUAUAUGCACGGGUAUGUUAUUGUUACAUAUUUUCUGCAACAAAUGUGAACAAUCAGUGAACUUGCAGUGGAGGAACGACAAUUUGCAGUUCCUUGAAAACAACUAUCAUAAAACAAUUAGUAGAGACAAAAGUGGAGAAAAAGGAAUAAAAAUGAAUGUGUUUAUACAUGAUAAUCUGUAUGAUGCAGUGAACAUUUCGGAAUGAUCAGAUAUAGCUUUAUAUAAAUUCAAUAAAUAUCAUACGGUGACGUAUUUCUUGUUUUUUGUUUUAUUUAAUUUUAAAUAAACCGUACUCUUACAUUUAGAUUAUAUCAUCAAAUUAUACUUGUCAAUAUUUAAUUAUGUAGGUUGUUUUACUUAUUAUGACUCCGAUAUUUCAAAUUGAUCCUUGAAUUUUAUUUAUAGC